UGAUAUAUAAAAAAAAACCUCAAAAUCUUUUCACAUAUGCACAAUCUGCAAAUUCAGAACCUGCUUUCCUUCUUCUUCAUCGAAUUUGAAGCAACUACCACCUUCAAUGGCAACUGGGAAUUCCCAUGUCUAUCACGAAAGGCAAAGGUUGCAGUUCUGUCUCCUGCACUCUCUCAACUCUCUCUUUCAGCAAAAGGAUGCUUUUACUCGAACAACAUUGAAUGCAAUUUCUGAAAGACUUGCACUUGAUGAGUCCAGCAAUGAAACCUGGACACCACUACCUUUCCUUUUCAAACCCCAUCACAAUGCAUUGACUGGAAACUAUGAUAUCAAUGUUCUCAUUGCGGCUUUGGAAGAGAAAGGGAAGAGUGUGGUUUGGCAUGAUCGUCGAAACGGGGCGUCGUCGAUUGAUCUCGAUGCGCCUGAAGAUGUUUUGAUGGGGAUUGUGAUCAAUGUUUUGGUGACUAGGUUUGCUGGGAUUUGGAAAGGUAGGCAUUGGAUCACAUUGAGGAAGAUUGAUGGGGUUUGGUAUAACUUGGAUAGUGACCUUGCUGCUCCUAAAGCUUUCUGUGAUAAGGAGAAAGUAAGGGAAUUCUUGGAUUUUACUAUUGCUCAUGGUGGGGAGGUUUUGCUUGUCAUGAAUGAGAAACAUUCUUGAAGUAUUUAUUAGAUGUUUAACUCUGGGUCUGAGCAUUUGGGUCAAAUUUUGUGCAUGUUGAUGUAUAGUACAAGGUUGAUGGCAUUCCAAUGGAGCAUUUGGGUCUGAUGAAUCUUUGUGAAUUCAGUUUGUGAAUGACAGUAAAAUGGUUGCUUCUGGAGGAUGUUCAUGACCAUGAAUUGUGUGUCUUGGAUCAGUACUGCACCUUUGAACUAGUAUGUGCCCUGAAAUUUGAUUAAGAAUGGAGUUAGAAGUGAGGGUAUAUAGUCAUUUAGGACAGGUUUAGAUAUACUCUUGUCACAGUUUUCUCAGGGGAACCAUUGCUUGUCUUACGGGCUAAGGUUUCUUGUUGAGUUUUUGAAUUUCUGGGAGGGAAUUAAAUGUUUUGUCUUUCUUUAACUGUUGUGAAUGCAAACUUUACUAUUACAAACCUAUUGUAUAAAUCAGCAUACUAUCUUGGAAACUGACUGUAGACAUUCAUUGUAUUCUGAAUCAUGUUGUUUUCUGAAUGAAAGAUGUAUCUUUAUCUUUA